UUCUGCCAGAAAGGUAAAUUUUUUGGGAAAACCAUUUGAUGAGUAAAUCGUCGUAAUAUAGAAGUAAAAAUUUUGGUGUAGCAUGUUGAAAUUUGGACAUAUAUUGUGCUUAGUUGAUGGUUCUGAAGCUAAAAUCUUUCUCCAAGUUUGAGGUUGAGAACACCUCAGAAGCUCUGUCAGAAGCUAUGUUGUUGAUAAAUAGCAAGCCCAACAAAGGACUGCGCAAGUUCUUGAAAGCACACUGGGAUGGGGAAACUUUGGUAGUUGCUGAUUCAAAGCUUGGAAAUGCAAUUAAAGAGAAAUUGCAGGUUUUUCAAAAUAUUUUGCUCCAUCAGUCAACAACUCAAAAUGUAUGUUGUCAUCAGGCAACCUCAGUUCUAUCGUUUAUAUUUGUGUUAAAAAUAUAUAUUUCAAAUGUAUGCCUUAAACUCAAGCCUAAAGAAGAAUAUGUAUAAACAAAUUUUUCAAAAGCAACUGCUAAUUGACUGAAAAUUGAAAUUGAUGCUUCA